AUGACUCACGGCGGCGCGGCGUUGCCGCCGUCGCCGUCACCCCUCCUGCACCGUCCCGCGACGCCGUCGGAGCUCCUCACGCACACGCUCGCGCAUCUGAGACACCCGACCACGCUCAUCGUUUGCUGGCCCAGGCAGCAGUUUGUCGAGGCGCUCGUGCAAGACAUUUGCCAGCAGCAGCAGGAGCAGCAGCAGCCGAGAGCAAAGCCGGGUGGUCGACAGGCAGGUGGAGAUGGAAGCGAGGAUGAGGAUGUGCACGCGGGCGACGGCAACGACGGCGACGGCGGCGGCGGCACCUCGCAGCAAUUCCCGCAGCCCGUAAUACCGGCACACCAGCUCCUCUCCGCGACCCUGCUGCAGGUCUCCAUCUCGCGACACAUUCGCAUGCUCUUCGUCCCGAGCGUGGUCCACCUACGCGCCCACCUUGCCGCUCCCCCCGCCGCACCUGUCUCGCUGUCCUCAUCCACCCUUCCGCCCGGACAGCCACCGCGCUCCAAGAUCACGGCUCCACCAGACAACGGCGCCGGCGCCCACGCCGCAUCACCCAACAGUAGAACGCCAACCCGGCGGCUGCGUCCACAGCAGCACCGUCAGGCCCCCCUCCUCCUCAUCUACGGCCUCUUCGAGCUGCACCGCGACGGCACCGACUGGUCCGCCCAGGGCCUCAACACCUCCCUCGCCGUGCUCGUCGAGUGCGCCGCCCGGAGCGGGCUGGUCCCCGCGCUCGUGGAGCCACGACGCAUGGAGCGCGACGACAGCGACGUGGACGGUGGCGUUCAAGGCGGCGGCGGACGGGGCAGUAGUGCCGAGCUGCUCGCAGCGCUGGCCGAACCGAUCCCCGUCUUGAGCGGCAGGUAA